GCUUCUACUGUUCUAGAAAAGCAGAAACAGACGAAAACAGAUGAAAUCUUUGUUAAAUUUAGGUUAUGGUUAUGAUAUGUUGUAUUUUGAUAAACUUCUAAUCUUGAAAUAAUUUAAAAUUUCAAUUACAAUCAACUUUAUAUGAUUCAAUAGCUAUAAUUGUAUAAAAUGAAUAGUGUUAGUCCUUCGCGAGAUUCACAUUCUCAUAGAAGUCGCAAAAGAAAGAAGGAAAAACACAGCUCUUCUCAUGAAGAUGACUUUAUGGAUCACAGAAGAAAAGAAAGGGAAAGAAUUACUUUGGUUGGUGUGGAUCAGGUUUGGGGUAAAUCGCCUGCCCAUGUUGACGAUUCAGACGAUAAUAUUGCUGUAAUUGAUGAUCGUUUGAGAAAGAAAUAUGUAGACUCUGAUUUUAAUGAUGAAAAAAGAGAAAAGAAGAAAAGAAAGAAAGAUAAAAAGAAGAGCAAAAAAUCAAAAAAAGAGAAAAAAUCCAAACACAAGAAAAAGAAAAAGAAGCACGUCAGCUCAAGCAGCUCUUCUGGCUCCGAGGAAGAAGAAUGGGUUGAGAGAACACACGUAGGCUCUGGAUCAGAGGAAGAAAUGAUAGGACCGCUGCAGAAGGCACAAGUGACCCUCUCGUCCAAGGACUACGGAAAGGCGCUGCUGCCUGGAGAAGGAGCAGCGAUGGCCGCAUAUGUGGCCGAAGGCAAGCGGAUUCCACGCAGAGGUGAAAUCGGUCUCACCUCCGAUCAAAUCGCAUCCUAUGAAUCUGUCGGAUACGUCAUGAGUGGAAGCAGACAUCGGCGAAUGGAAGCUGUUCGUAUUCGUAAGGAAAACCAGAUCUACUCGGCUGAUGAAAAGAGAGCGCUGGCAAUGUUCAGCAAGGAAGAACGACAGAAGCGAGAAAACAGGAUACUCACACAGUUCAAGGAAAUGGUGCACAGUAAGCUUGCCAACGAAAAUUCUCAAAGCUAAAACCUUCUCAAUAACUAAUCAAUGUCAAUGUAAACCUGGAUAAUGUUCCACAAAGUCAAAAAGUGGUUUGCUUAUAGAGACAAUUUUUGAAUAGCAAUGGUUCUUCUUCCCAAUUGUUAAUAAGUUCAACAACUAGGAGAACAUCUCAUCAAAAUAUUAAUUGUUAUUGACGAUUGGUGAUAAUCCAAAACUCUCUAAUGCUUGAGGUAAUGAAUGAGGUUUGCAUUUUAGUUUAAAUUGAAUACUCAAGUUAUAAAUGUUUAUAAUAUGUCAUCUCCAAUUCCUUUGGUACGUAAUGUAUUGCAUAAAUUCCAGAGUUGAUUUAUACUUUCUCAAAAUCAGUGCAACAUUCAAUAAAAAUAAUUCACUACUCAUAUACCCGGUUACUCGUUUAUCAUAAAAUAAAUCCAAUAAUUUUAUAGAAGCCAAAGACAUGAUAUUUGCGUUUCCAGAACACUCUGAAUCUACUUCAUAGAGCCAUUAACUUAUAAAACCUAUAAGCAACAUAAUUUUAUUUCGUAAAUGCUCUAAUUAUCGGUGAAGUUUACCCUGCCGUGCUGAAUAUAAUUGCGGUAAGUUAUAUGAUGUGUGGGCUCUUUCAUAAAAUAGCGAAAUAAGUCAAUAUGUAAAUUUGAAGUGAUGUCCUCAGCUGGAAAUCUUUUAUAGAGAGAUCACAAAAAGGAGUUUUAUACAAAUUAGUUUUCAAACUAUUUUCAACAUAAAAAUAACCAUUCUAGUAUUCCAGAAGCAUUCCAGUAUAGCAUUAGAACUUUUAUUCACUUGACUAAAUUUUACCGAAAAAAUGAAUUAGCAUUCUAAUGGUCAUCUGUUGAAUACAAGUUUAAAAAAAUUUACUAGCUUCAAUAGAUACAUCCCAAUAGCUGAUCAUGGGACUUCAAAGUAGAAAAUAAAAAUUUAUAUUGAACGGCUGUGUCAUUCUUGUACUAAUUAAAAUAGAGGUAAUGUAGAUACAGUAUUGUAAGAGAUGUUUUCCUUUAACUUAGAUCAAGAGUCAUUUCAUUUAUUAAAUAAUGGUAGGAUACCUUAGUUCUCACAUUUUUCAAUUAUACCCGGCCAGUUGAGAUGCCAACUGUAUUCUGUUGUGUUGAUUGUCAGUUAUGUUUUUCAAACAUUAUAGUUGUGAUUCCCAUUAAUCCCAUACAGUAAACAUCCCGUUAGUUUCAUUAUUAUCUUAUAAAAUCAUCAUUUUCCCAAAGUCUGAUAUGUGGUUGAAUUUAAUAUUAUUUUUUCCAAACAUUGAUUAAGUACCUAGUGAAUCUUUAGUACCACCUUUAGUACUUUUACAUUAUCGUGUUGUCUGAUUGGUUAUUCAUCAACAACUUCCUAUUAAAAUACUCAUUUAUUAUAACUUAUCUUAAAUCACGAAUGUAAUAAUUCAAAAUUAACGAACUCAGUCUGACUGUUGAUGGAUAAUGUAAAAUAUUAUUGAUUUUGUACAUACGUAUAAACUGGAGUAUUGUAAAUAGAAUAGGACUAAAAUAAAAUUGAAUGUGAGUGUGUAGUGUUCUUAGUGUAUAAUAUAAUUUAUUAUUAAUUAAUAAAAUGUUGAUAGCUCGUAA